CGUAUUUAACCUUUCAAAAAUACUUUAGAAAUUGAACCCGAAACCCUUUUCCGUCUGCUUCGAAGUGGAAGCCCCAAGAAGAGGCCAUGGCCUCGCUCUCCUCCCCUUUGCCCUGGGAGGAGGAGGGGAGCAAAUGGGGGGAGAGGGUCUCCGAGGCCGUCCUCUCCCUCUACCGCUCGCUUCCCAAGAAAGGAAAGCCGCAGGGCCGAGAAACCACCGUCUUGGCCGCCUUCCUCCUCUCCUCCCCUUCCAAUGGUUUGGAAGUCGUAGCCCUAGGGACCGGGACCAAGUGCAUUGGGGGCUCUCUUCUUAGCCCUCGAGGUGAGGUCGUCAAUGAUUCCCAUGCUGAGAUAAUUGCACGGAGAUCGCUCUUGAGGUUUUUUUAUUCAGAAAUUGGACGUCUUUCUUCUGAAAGUGAUCUGGGUCUAGAUAAUGCACCAAGAACGGUUUUUGGCUUGGAUACUAACCGUUCUGGCCAAGAAAGAUACAAGAUAAAUUCGGGCUGGCGAUUACAUCUAUAUAUCAGCCAGCUUCCUUGUGGAGUCCACUCAAACUCUGCACCCCUGCCACUAUUCCCACAAAAUCUUCCAGUUGAAGGAGAUUCAUCACCGUCAACCAAUCUCACCACUUCCAUGGGAAGUGAAGUGUUAGUUGAAGACCAGAAUGGAUAUUCUCAUAUGGAGGAAUCAAGAGAUCAUUCUUCAAAUGGUUGUCCUAGAGUUGCUAGGAUGGUUCAAAAGAAGCCUGGGCGUGGCGAUUUAACUUUAUCAAUGAGCUGUUUUGAUAAGUUAACUCGUUGGAAUGUUGUUGGAGUUCAAGGAGCUUUACUUUCUCACAUUCUGCAACCAGUGUACCUUUCUACCAUAACUUUGGGAAAAACACCUGCAGAUGCUCCUAAAGAAUUUCCUGUUGAAAAUCAUCUUCAGAGAGUUCUGUGUGAUCGGCUAGCUUCUUUGCAUGAUAAGCUGUCAAGUCCUUUUCGAGCGAACACGCUGCAAAUUUAUACGGCUCCUGUUCCACCAAAAGAGUUCCAGCAGUCCACUAGUGAUAUACCCACUUUAACAUGCGGGUAUUCAAUCUGCUGGAAUAAAUCUGGAUUACAUGAAGUGGUCCUGGGAACAACUGGGAGGAAACAAGGCACUUCUGCGAAAGGGGCUUGCUUUCCAUCUACAGAGUCAUCUCUCUGCAAGAGGAGGCUACUGGAAGGUUUUGUGUCACUGCAACAUAGGUUCUCUGUUCAAUUUCAGGCUGAGGAAGUUUCUUAUCAAGAGCUGAAGAUGGUGGAGUGUGAGGUGUGGAGCACUAGUUUGUUGCUUUGCUGGAACACUUGGGCAUCUGCUAUGCUGUUAUUGUGAUGGGUAAAAUAUCAUAUAAGCUGAUGUUAUGAUGAGCACAGAAUUUUCAAUGAAAUAAUUGUUCUCGUUGACUAGCCUUUAAGAGCACACCUGUCUUUGCUCUUUUGGCCAAAAAUGUGUGGUUUAAACUGAGAGUUUAUGGGCAUACUCCGAAAAGAAUACUGGUGAGAUGAUGAUGAGAACUCCUGUUCUACAGAGUAGGGGAAUGUUAUCACUAAACUUGCCAGGUCUGUAGCUAGAUGUAGGGUUUCGUAUGACUAACCGUUUAAGAAACGGUUUGUUUGACAACGAAAAAGAAACUGCUUUGUUUGACAAACAACUCUCCUCUCCCUCACUUUGGCCUAGCAUAUGGCCCCACAUCAAAAUGCAUAACAUAUCUCUGCUCUUAAGUCACAAAGUUCAUUAACAGAACUACAAAAAGAUGUCUUGGAGUUUCCGAGGAAUCCACAAUUAUUUUAAAGUGUUGCACGAUGCCAUGUUGUCCUUUAUCUUCAUUUCUUUUGCCUUUUUGUUUCUUCUUUAGCUUGUUCAACUUCGUGAAUUCCCCCAAUUUUCUUUUUCUUCGCCAUGGCAAAGGUACUUCCAAAUAGAAUGGGAGAAAUUGGGAAAAAAAAAAGAAGAAGAGAGAAAUAUGAUAUUGUGAAUAAAUUUGAAAUAAUUCCUUUUUUGGGUCUUAUUUAUGAGGCAUGCUGGUGUCGAAGCCUUCUGAAAAAUAUAUAUGAAUUACAGGAUUUGGGUAAAGUUGAUACUUACUGAUGUCCUGUUUCAACUAUUUUAUGUGUUGGCUGUUAACAAAUUCUUAGGACUUGGUUUCAUAUUAUCUUGUUCCAUAGAUGAUAACCUGCGUUGUAUUUACUGUGCAAAGAGAAUAGAUCUACAGAUAACAAACAGGCAGAAAGAAGAGUGCGGAAAUUUGCAUGGUUUGGUCUUAUGUCCACAAGCAGAAAUGGUCAAAAACAAAACAAAAAAAAAGAGACAUCCAUUAGUGGCUAAGGAAGUACAAAUAGGAGAAAAAGCUCAAUAAUGCAAGCAGUGCGAUCCCAAAAGUCCUAGGACAGCCAAAACUUGCAUGAGGGGGGCGUACUUCACGUAGGGGACUUGGCAACUUUGAGCUCGGGUUUGCCAUG